GAGAAGAAAAGCUCAUUUCAGGAAAGGCUUUCACUGAGGAGAGCGAGAAUGGCGGCCGCGUCGUCGACGAAAGGGGAGAUGGAGAAGAUGGGGAUAGAGCAGCUGAAAGCGGUGAAGGAGCAAGCGGAUCUCGAAGUCAAUCUCCUUCAGGACAGCCUCAACAACAUCCGUACCGCCACUUCCCGCCUCGAUUCCGCCUCCGCUGCGCUUCACGAUCUCUCUCUUCGUCCCCAAGGGAAGAAGAUGCUAGUGCCUCUCACGGCCUCUCUCUACGUUCCCGGGACGCUUGAUGAUGCAGAUAAGGUUCUCGUCGAUAUUGGAACUGGCUACUUCGUCGAGAAAACAAUGGAAGAAGGGAAAGAUUACUGUGAGAGAAAGAUCAACUUACUGAAAUCAAACUUUGAUCAACUUCUUGAGGUUGCAACGAAAAAGAAAAGCGUGGCGGAUGAUGCCGGGAUGAUAUUGCAGGCAAAACUGAAGCAACUAUCUACUCCGACUUCGUAAAGUUUUCUUCUCUCAGUUAGUUUAUCGGUAUUCGACACAAACAUAUUUUGGAAGUUCAGUUUCAGCUUCAGCUUCUGUUUGGUGACGAUUUCUGGUUAUAGCAGGACAGGGUCUGAGGUAUUUGAUAUCAAUUGUCAAACAGUAUGGUGGAUUCAUGCCCCUUGUAGGCCAAAAAAAUAAAACUUUUUUUUGUUGUAAUUCUACUAAAUGUUUCCACGAAAUGCUGCUCUGUUAUUGCACAUUAUCAAAAUUUCACUUCUUUUUAA